CUUUACAUUACACACCAUGUGAACGGAAAACCAGUACAAUACAAAUCAAAGUCUGGAAUCACAAAUAUCAACUUUGUAGUUUUACAAACGUGUUGUGUAUUGUAUACAUUUGACAAUGCUUUCGGGUCAACAAAGACUGACCAGUUCUCUAGAGUCUUUAAUAACUCUUAGGAAAUAUUAUAUCGUUUAAGAAUGGUUAAUAUUUUUAUGUGACGUUAGAUUGUGCAUGCUACGAUUACAAUUUCACUUGGGAUUGCUGAAACAAUUAGUGUGGUUUGUUUACAAUUGGAAGAAUGUCGAAUCUUUCGACGAAAGAUACGACAGAGUUGAAUACCAUGGAUUUCCAAAAUCACACAAACUCGCGACCAAAAUUUCAACCGAUACGCGUGAAAGAGCUAUUACAUUUUUAUGAAAGUGAUGAUGAUGAAAGCGAAGAUAAAGCACAGGAUUCUGAUACUGAAUCAGAUGUUGAUGAGCCUCAGCCUUUGCCACAAGAUGAUAGUUUUGAAAAUAAGUUAAACGAAUCAUUACCUUUACCUAAUACGAAGUAUGAUACUAAUUUACAACCAACUGGUAAAACUUCAUCUGUAAGUGCAGCCUCAAAACCAAUUGAACCUUUGUUGGUCUGUAACAACGUAGAAUAUAAACCAAACAACAAAACUGCAGAAGUACAUAUCUCUGUACAUAAUUAUUUUGAUAAUGUAGAUUCAUAUGAUAGUAAAUACAAAGAUAUAAAACACGAUAGUCACAGUUCAACACGCUCUGUCAAUGCGGAAGUUGAUACUGAUAAGAAAUGUGAACACAAAAUAUCACAACAGUGUUCAAAACUACAUGAAAAUGAAUAUAAUACAAAAGAUGAAAAACACAUAAAAUGUGAGCAACCAAAUCAUAUACAAUCAAAUUGUGAAAAUACUUAUGCUCAAAAUAGGCGUAAAAAUAUACAUAUGGUUAAUGCAGAUAUUAGGAGACAGUCAAACAAGGAACAGGCAUGUAAAGGUGAUGUUCAAUCUAUAGACAAAUGUAAAGCAAAUAACAAUGAAGUUGACUCUAUAGUUUUUGGAUCUCAGCAUUCUGAAAAUAUAUCACAAUCUGGAAGUUGUACUUUGCAGAAUACAAACAUAAAAGUGGAAAAAUUGGAUUCUAAAGCAGCAGAUACAGAAGAUAAUAAAUUAGGAAUAUUAGAGAAUGAUACAUUAAUAAAUUCCAUUGAUCAUUUGGUGCUCCAGACUCCUCUAAAACACGUACCUUGUUCUUUGCAUCCAGAUCCAUGUUUCUCUCGCAGAAAUAUUGCUCAAACUCCGCAAAGUAAAGCAUUUGAAACAAAAAGUCUUGGAUUAACACCAGCCACAGUUUCAAGCCAUAUGUCUUUUAAUAACAUUAGGCAGACCCCAUUGCAAGGUAAAAAUGUUAAAAUUAAAGACACUAUGCAGACACCCAAAAAUUCUGUUUACUUCACUCCAAGCAUAACUAAACGUGAAACUCCAAGGUAUUUGAAUUCAGAGACUAAACGUAAACAGCCUUUAGCAGAUAUGGGAAGUUAUGUACAUAGCAAUGCUUCAAAUAGACAUCUGUUAGAAGGAUUUCAAUUAUCUAAAGUAAAUGAAGAAAUGCCUACUAUUGAAAAUCGAAGAUGCAAUAAGAAUUUAAAUCAAAAAACAAGUAUAAGCGAACGAACGUUUGAAGCAUCCGAAAAUCCUGCACAAUUGGAUUCAGGUACAAACGAACAGGUAAAGGAAAAUAAGUACCCAAAUACAGAAGAUAAAGAAGCAAAACUACAAAAAAUGUUACCAGAAUCAGCAUGUGGUUCUCGUUUUAAUAAGGAGAGCAAAGAUACUCUGAAACAGAUCAGUAGUAAUUCUCAAAAUCAAUAUCUGACAGUUAAUAAUCAAAUUCAACAGCCAGAGCCAAAGAGAUCCAUGGACACUGUACCGAAUGUACAGUUUUCGAUACCACCUAAUGUUCUCAAACCAAAGCACUCUAGAACAAUUUUUGUAAAAGGAAAAGAGUACUUAAUUUUAGGUUUGCUUGGUCAAGGAAUGAGUGGAGAAGUUUUAAGAGUACAAGAUUUAUCUUCUCUCGAACUGUGCGCUAUUAAAUGUGUAUAUCUUAAUCGCAUGGACAAGGAUUCGGCUCAGGGAUGCUUGGAAGAAAUUUCAAUGCUGCAUAAAUUACAAGCACCAUGCAUUGUUAGAAUGUUCGACUAUGAUAUCAAGUAUCCCAUGGUAUACGUGGUAAUGGAAAUGGGAGAUACUGAUCUCAGUCGACUCCUAAAAACGAUGUCGCAAGAGAGACACAUUUCUCUUACAAUGGUUCUUUAUUAUUGGACAGAAAUGUUAACAGCAGUCAAACAUAUACAUGAUAAUGGGGUAAUUCAUUCUGACUUAAAGCCAGCAAACUUUUUAUUAGUAAAGGGAAGAUUGAAGCUUAUAGAUUUUGGAAUUGCUUCAAAUAUGAAUGCAGACAUGACAUCUGUUGUAAAAAACUGUCCAAUAGGUACCCUGAAUUAUAUCAGCCCAGAAGCAUUAAUGGACAUUGGAGGAAGUUCAGAUUCUCCUACGCAAAAUGUCAAGUACAAGAUUACUUUUAAGUCAGAUGUGUGGUCGUUAGGAUGCAUAUUGUAUAGUUUAGUGUAUGGUCAUACACCAUUUCAUCAUAUUCGUUCACAAUGGGCUAAAGUGAACGCAAUCACCAAUCCGAAACUAAACAUUUCUUUUCCUACAACGUUACCGUCGAGAGAAGAUCAUGCCGAAGUUUUACCGACGCCACCAAUACUGAUCGAUGUGAUGCGUAAAUGUCUUCAACACGAUCCAAAAACACGACCAACGGUAGCCGACCUUUUGCAAGUUGACUACGUGCCCACCAAACAAGAGUGUCUAUUAGCACCAAUGCCACGCAUCCCAGGCCAUAUAUUGGUGAAAAUAAAAUAUGCUUUAGAAGAUGAUGAAUGGCGGGAAUUGACACGGGUUUUGGAAAAUAAACGGUAUCCAUAACACUAUCCGGAUUAAGUACUAUUAAUUAUGUACAUACAAUUUUUUUAUACAUAACAAUCGGCAAUAAUACAUAGGGUGCUUAUUUAAAUGUAUUAUAGUAAGGGAUUUAUUUAAAUACUGCUUUAAAAUAUAAAAUUGUAUCAUGAUACAACUA